AUGGAGAGCAACGGCAACGGCAAUAACAGCAACAACGCGAAGGUCGGGAACGGCUGUGGCGGCGGCGCGGCGGAGGCGCCGAGGAGGCCGCACUGGAGGCACCGGGACCGGUCGGCCACGGCGGUGUACCUCGUCCACCCCGACCAGUUCCGCGCCGUCGUGCAGCAGCUCACCGGCGCCGAGGCUCCCCCGCCUGUCCAUGGGCAUUCUGGCGGCAACGGCGGUGCGGACCGGGGCGCGGCAAUGGCGGUGGAGGCGACGAAGGGCAGGAGUGGCGCUGGCAGCAGCGUGGAGCAGCGGACGCUGGCUCAGCUGCACCACGACUGCUUGGCAUGGGCCGACGAGUGCUAG